AUGACAGUAGCGACGAUGGGUGGGCUGUGGAUGGAGCACAAAGUGGGACAUCACUCUUGCUGCAACAAGCAGAAGGUUAAGAGGGGUCUUUGGUCACCUGAGGAAGACGAAAAACUCAUUCGAUACAUCACAACUCAUGGCUAUGGCUGCUGGAGUAAAGUCCCUGGAAAAGCAGGGCUUCAAAGAUGCGGAAAGAGUUGUCGUUUGAGAUGGAUAAACUACUUGAGACCUGAUAUCAGAAGGGGAAGAUUUACAACAGAAGAGGAGAAGUUAAUUAUCAGCCUUCAUGGGGCUGUAGGGAACAGAUGGGCUCACAUAGCAAGCCAUUUGCCUGGAAGAACUGACAAUGGGAUAAAAAAUUAUUGGAAUUCAUGGAUCAAAAAGAAGAUAAGAAAGCCCUUAUCAGGAUCUUCAACAAUUAUUACACAAAGCAUUACUGAACAAAAUUCACAAUUCACCAACACACAAAACCAGCAAAUGGACUUCUUAAAUCAAGAUUUGGCUACAAAGAGACAGAUUCAAGAUACUCUGUUUCCUUUACCUUGUCCUCCAUUCAUGUUUGACAUUGGUGUAGCAUUGGAGGGUGCUAAUGGAAAUGUUGAUGGAAAAAUGGAUCAGUUUCUACAAGAAAAUACAGGAUUAAUGAACUCUGAGACAUAG